AUGUCAUUUCAAUUUGGGUUUUCGGAGGAAAUCUUAUCUGAUAAUGGUGAUUCUAACCAAUCAAUGGGCAAUCAUGGACAUUCGGCACCCGAGGGACAGAAUUUGAAGCCCAGUCCACUUGAUUCCGAAUUUCUGAAAAGCCCUGAAGUGAAACAACCUGUGGUGAUCGAAUUACAACAACUUCUCCAAACUAUUCGUGGAAUUCGAGUCUCUUACGAGAAGUUCAAAUCGCCGGAGUGCCAAACUCAAUUAUAUCGCAGAGAGCUUUUUGAUGUUAAGCACCAAUUGAUGACGGAAGAUACCAAGACUGAAAUCGGGAGCGCUGCAACGACAGACGAAUUUCAGAUUCUGCUUGGAGAAACGAACGAAGAUCUGCGGAAAUACGUUUACGAGGGAGGGCUCAAAUCUUGGGAGUGCUCACUAGAUCUUGCUGAUGUGCUUUCUUUGCAAAAUUGGAGGGAUAGAUUUCCUGAUUGCGUAGUUGAAAUGGGGUGCGGCAGUGCUUUGCCCUCUGAAUAUCUUUUUCUACAAGUAUUGCAGCGCAAUGUGCCCGGAACUAAGUUUGUCCUGACAGAUUACAACGAGUUCGCACUGCGGCUGGUGACGUUACCAAAUUUUGUGAUAGGGUGGGCUGCAACAGUUCUGAACGAUGUUGAAAGGGUAGAAUUGCAAAGAUGCGAUGACGACACAAUUCCCAUUGUGGAGGGCGAGCUGCUUUUCACAGAUGUGCUUCUGGAAGCGUUUGUCAAAGACAUUUCUAGCCGUGGAAUCGAACUCACUUUCAUAUCGGGCGCAUGGGGCCGUGUAUUUUACGAAAUGCUCGAAAGUUUGACUGUCCGCUCCACGAAUCUUCUGUUACUCACGUCAGAGACUAUUUACAAUCCAGAAACCCUUCCUGUCAUUGGUGAAAUUAUACUAGAAUUGACUUCCAAAAUCAAGCAAGAUCCUCGCCAGGUAAUUACCACUAUGGUGGCCGCAAAGGACAUAUAUUUCGGCGUUGGUGGUAGCGUCAUUGAAUUUCAACGUUACAUGGAAAACAGAAUACGAGAAGAAUCUGUCAAAAUCACGCUAAGCACCUUGAAAGUGAACAGCGGUUUGAAGAGGUCCAUAGUGGUAUUUGAUUGA